AUGACUGCCAAAGAGAUUGCAAAGGCAACCCAAUUGAAUGUGGUGACAAGUAUAGCAUAUCAAUAUACUCGAUACGGAUGGACUACCAGAGAUGUGGACAAAUCCUUACAACAAUUUGCUAAACGUGCUAAUGAGUUAUCGAUUGAAGGAGGCUGCUUAUUGUGGGGCAUCAGAGUUAUCAUCCCAGAGGAAUUGAGAAAGACCGUAUUGGCGCAGAUACAUGAGGGUCAUCCGGGGACAAGCAAAAUGAAGGCUUUAGCCAGAAGUUAUGUGUGGUGGCCAAACCUGGACAGGAAUAUAGAAGAUUUGGCAAGAUCAUGUGAACAGUGUCGAAAGCAGAAGAGUAGACCAAGUACUACUAAACCCUCACAUCCACGGAUCUACCCAACAUCACCAUGGCAGCGUGUCUAUGCAGAGUUUGCAGAAUUUGCGGGGAAGCAGUAUUUACUUAUUGUAGAUGCCUUCUCUAAAUGGCCGGAAGUCCACAAACUGGGUAUAAAUGCUACUACAGGGCAGACAAUUGAAGCUAUUCGAAGAAGCUUUUCUUGUCAUGGAUUGCCACAGCGACUCGUAACCGACAACGGUCCUCAGUUUAGGACACAAGACUUCAAUGAGUUUAUGGAAGCCAAUGGAAUCAAGCAUCAACUGACUCCACUCUACCAUUCUGCAUCUAAUGGACAGGUAGAGCGAAUGGUACAAGAGUUGAAAAAGAGCUUGAAGGGUCGACCAGCGGGAAGGUCGAUAAGUCAUCGAGUGUCUUCGUUCCUUCUCCACUAUCGUACGACUCCACAUGCUGCAACAGGCAAAACUCCCGCCGAACUGUUGUUAAUCAAACGAAUACCGAUAACCAAGUUAUCUUUGUUGCGCCCAGAGGUAAGUGACAUUGACAGAGAUGAGCAGAGAAUCAAGUUCGAGGAAGCUACCAAACGAUCAAGACAACUGGAUCCUGGUUGUAAAGUCAGUGUGUGGAAUCCACGUUAA